UUUUAACACAACAACACUUUGGCACGCGCACCGGAGCCGCUGAGAUGGAGCGGAGAGCAGCACGCGAGAGGAAGAGCCGACCGUUCCGUGUGUGAUACGUGUGGCUCACGCAUGGGCAGCGACGCCAGUAGAACGAGGACGAGAGAAGGACCACCUGCUCAGCGUCGACUCAGUCAUGGGUUCCUCUCAAACGUGGGGCUCUCCAUCAAUCAGAGACUCGCACACUCGGCUGUGUUUUCUCGGCCUGUGGGACCGGACGGCGGGCCGCCCGUCCCCAAACUCCUCCGGCCUCCAGAGGACAUAGAGACGACUCCUCCAGCUGCCAUCUCGGUCUUUCUGCCUGAGUUCCCACAGCGUAAACUUCCUGGACGAGACCAUUUCCAGAUCCUGGGAUUCAUAGCCAAAGGCUCAUAUGGACCCAUCUUGAAAGUGAAGGACAUUUUCAAAGAGAAGACCUACGCUGUUAAGGUUCUACCAAAGUCAGAUAUUUUGAAGCAUGGAGUGCUGGAGCAGUCAAAAGAAGAAGUCAUCAUUCAGCGGCAGCUCAAACACCCAUUCAUCCACAAUCUGCAGGACUGCUGGCAGACGCAGCACCAUCUCUUCAUUAUGUGCGACUACUGCAGCACUGGAGAUUUGUACACUUACUGGUUACUGAAGGGCCGGUUUGGGGAGGAUAAGGUCCGGCUCUUUGCUGCAGAGCUGGGCAGUGCGCUGGGAUUUCUUCAUGACUUAGGCAUAGUGCAUAGAGAUAUAAAGAUGGAGAACAUUCUUUUAAGUGAUCAAGGUCACCUUCGCCUGUCUGAUUUUGGACUCUCCCGGCGGCUGAAACGAGGAGGAAGAGCGUUUACGAUAUGUGGGACCAUCCAAUACAUGGCCCCUGAAGUUUUAAGUGGGGGUCCGUACAACCACGCAGCUGACUGGUGGUCUUUUGGCAUUAUGUUGUUCUCACUGGUGACAGGAGAGUUUCCGUUACCAGCGGAGUCGGACCACAGCACGAUGUUGAACAAGGUCACAUAUUUCCCUUACGUCCUACCUGAGACCUUCAGCUCCUCUCUGAUCUUACUGCUCACUGAGCUUUUGUGCAAGAAUCCAGUGAAGCGGCUUCGUAACCUGGAGUGUUUCAAGAUGCGGGCUUUCUUUCGUGGCACUUCUUUUGAUUCUCUCCUCCUUCAAAAGAUGCCUGUUGACGUCAUCCUGGAACUCAGGACUCAACCUGAUUGGGCAGCCAAAGCAAUGAGAGGCCUUUCAUUGGACUAUUUUCAUAACUUUGACUGCAAUACAAUCCUAUAUUCUCCCACUGAGCAGUCUCCUAUUGACCAACAUGGACCUGAGCACGGCUGCUGAGCCGAAUUGUAAAGCACCAGCCUGAAAUGUGUUUAUGAAGAAGCUGAUUGGAAAUGAGAAAUAAUUAUCCACCUCUUGUACUUGCUUUUAGAUUUGACAUUUGUUUCAUUAAGAGUUUCUUCACUGAGUUUAGUUGAAGUUAAUUUAAAUACUCAUAUAAGCGUGAAUUGUGUUUUCCUUAAAAAGUUUAAAAGUUAGAAAUAUGAAAGGUCAUAGCACCCCUCUCCUGAAAGAGCUGAAUAUUUUUCUGGUAUUUUACGGUUUCUGUAGCUGAAAAUAUGAAGGAGGAGAAGAAGUUUCAAGAAAUGUACUGAAGGAAUAAAAAAACAAGUUGAUUAAAGAUUUGAAGCAUUCCAACUAAAUAUACAUUUGCAGUUGACAUUGUUCUCUGAUCCCUUUUAAAAAAGGAGUGAUGCUAAAAAAGGGUGUUGAAUGCUGAAUACAUUGUAAAGUCCCUUGUGACGA